CACUAGCACCAGAUCGGCUUCGAGUAUAUCUGUAACUUACUCAUCUAUGUGUUCCUCAGCUUAUUUUGCAAGCAACUUUGAACAACACAAACAGAUUCCAAGAACGGCUAUAACGCACGACUUUGAUAUACCUGUUUGGUGAGUUUGGUGAAAAGAAAAAAAUACCUGACAUAAAACAAGGUAGGCCAACAGACGGUGCUGCAACAGACGCGCUUGCUGCUUCGUGCUCUCAAGUUCUCUCAAAAGACAGGAGUGAUGUUUCGCUGGGUCUUGUUUGCUUUGUUCUUUGGUAUCUGUGCCAGUGCCGGAGAACAGAAAAGAAAGAAGGCAAAUCCUCAGUCCUUGUCAAGAGGUUGGGGGGACAGAAUUAGUUGGGUCAAAAGUUAUGAGGAGGGCCUGUCAAAGAUGGUCGAGAGUAAGAAGCCUCUGAUGGUCAUCCAUCAUCGAGACAACUGCCCGCACAGUCAAGCACUGAAGAAGGCAUUUUCUGCUGACAAGUCCAUCCAGAAAAUGGCCAAAGAGGAUUUCAUCAUGCUCAACUUGGUGGAGGAAACUACGGACAAGAAUCUGGCCGUUGAUGGCUACUACAUUCCCAGAAUCCUUUUUGUUGAUCCAUCCAAGACUGUGCGCACAGGUAUAGCAGGAAAGUACAGCAACUACCGCUACACCUACAAGCCUGGUGACAUGGCACAUUUGGCCGAAAACAUGAAGAAAGCCAAAAUGUUGUUGCACACUGAACUCUAAGAUGGCUCAAGCUGACAUCAGACUUCUCUCCAACCUCCAGUCAUGCUGGGCAACCUGCUCAGUGGUCAGCCCUGAAAUGUUUACAUGCUCUUCAGAGCCCAAUAAAACAAAAAUGAACGAAUA